UCCCCCUGGUGGUGGGGAGUCGCCAUAGCACACCGCAGCCCCGUCAACAUAAUUACGCUCAGCUGUUGCUCUGUAAACUUCCCCUCGCUGCCUUUUACACAUGUCUCGGUCCGUGUUACAAAACACGAACCCACGCAGCAUUUGACAACAAAGAUGCUGAAAGACGACCGUCUUCCCGUUUGAAAAGCCGCAAACCGGCGCUUAUACCCAAAAUGGCCCACGUUGAUUGACACGUCAAACCACGUGUGUUGCAGACACGCUGCGUGGAUGUCUAAUAUAGUCAGCUUUUCAUUGUCCCGUGGAAUGAAAUGUCACGCCAGAGCACCUCCCCCAACCUGAGUGAAGGGUACCCAGUGACAAACCUCACCCUGGUGGUCCUCCUGCUCAUCCCGGCUGUGGUCCUCCUGCUGCUCCUCAACUGCGUCUUCCUGGGCUACAAGCUCUUCCUGCUGUCCAAGGGGGGCCGGGAGACCACCCAGGACUUCCUGCUGAAGAGAGUCCGCAGGAGCUCGUCGCCCGACCUGGAGGUCUUCCCCACGCGGACGGCGUACAUGUCACUGUCCGAGCCCGCCUUGCCUCACCCGGUGACCUCCUCCAGGGCUUCGUCGAGGGUCGGAGGGGAGCACAGGAUACGGAUUCGGAUGCCGGAUGGGGCUACCGGGUCAGGGUCCUGGAGGGCGCCGAGUAGCCUCCGGGCAUCCGGGGCGGGUAGACCCGACCUGGCCUCCGGGUCACGGACGCAAUACGUCGACAGAACCGGGUGGCGUCACAGUGCGCCGGUGUUGCCCACGCAGUCCAGUGACUCGGAAGCCGGGGUCAGGCUGCACUUGGUUCCGCCCAACUCCCCCACGGAAAUUGGGCAUGUGGUUCAAGUCCAUCGCAGCAGCAGUGCCUACGAGCUGUUGAACGAGCUGAGCUCAGGCGAUGUGAACUUUGACAAAGUGGACAUGGAGUGCGAGUACGACAACCUAUCCUCAGAGGGAUCCUGCGUCAACACAUCUGCGGUGCAAGGUUCCGGCCUGGAUAGCGAUUUUGGUGCCAGCGCAGGUGUGUCCCUGCGAAUUCUGUCAGCAGACAGCGACGGUUUGUCCAAUGGCGUGGUGUCGGCAUUGGAGUGGGACUAUUACGACCCCUGCUACGUCAGACAAAACAACGUGUCCAAACAUAAACACCAUCGACCAGCCAUGCACACUAAACAGUACUGGGUGUAAACAAAAACAAAUAACCUAGCUUUCUGUACUGUUAGUUUUAAUGUUUAUUUAUUUUGAUUCUAUGUAAUAAGCGCAUAAUGGAUUUCUAUGUUUGUCUCACGUCUUACAACGUUGACCUGUUACACUCACAAGUUUUUUUUUUUUAUAUAUUUUGAGUGCACCCAACACUGACUUUUUUAUAAUUGGAAGCUGACCUUUUCAAAUGACUUAGUGCACUUUCCACAUGUUUAAUCUCACAAUUCACAAUGUUAUGUACAGUUUAACUUUUGAAAGUAAUUGUUUGAUUUUAACUUGUCAUGAGAGUAUUUGUUUUUUGUACAAUUUAUUGAGUUUGGCCUAUUAAAUGGGUGGAUUUGGGGAUUUUCGGUGGAGUUUGUUUGCCUGACAAUGGUUGCUCAAGUAUCACCUUGAACUUUUGGUAACCCAUCCAUUUUCUACUGCUUGUCCCUCUCCGGGUUACGGGGGUGAAUUCGGGCAGAAGGCGGGGUACACCCCAAAAAAGUCGCUACCUCAUCGCACGGCCAAUACAGACAGACCAAUUAAAGCAGUGACUAUUAUUUCUUGUUAUGUGUUUAUGAAAGAAAAUUAGCCAUGCCACGAGCUGGAAUACUUUAUUCUCGGCAAAGAGAUUUCUGUACAUUACGGAUCGGGUGCCACUUGGAGGUUUCAUAGAAAGUACAACUGACGAAGCACUAUGUAAAUCACAAAAGACGACCGAAACAAACUGAAAAUGUUACUCAAAGCUGGA